AUGCUCUCUAAGGAUCGAGGGAAGCUCUGGCACUAUGCUGGUCCCCCAAUCGGAUUCAACAGUUCACUCGCCGAUAACACCCCGCCGACCCUAUGGCCAAACAGUCUGGAAUGCUAUGCAGAUUCAGAAACUAGUACCUUUGACACUACAUUUGAGCCACCUCAAAUGACAAGCAACCCCGAAGACCAUACGGAUGUAGGAAUCAGGUUUGCCAUCCUUCCAUGGGCCAGUAAACUUCUCCGGCAGACGCUGAAGUACAGUUUCUUCCCUGAUUUGGGCAGUGCUUUCGAACCUCAAAUGGAGAGCAACCACCAAGAGUGUGCGGAUGAAUGGACCAGAUCCUUCCGUGCUUUUGGCAGUGGUAUGCAACCACCUCAAAUGGGAGCCAACCUCGAAGUCUAUACGGAUGAAGGAGCUGGUUUCCUCCCUGAUGUUGGCCUCGCUAUCGAACCUCAUAUGGAAAGCAAUCCCCAAGCCUAUGCGAAUGAAGGAACCAGAUUAUUCCUUCCUGUUGGCGAUGAUAUCGAGUCACUUCAAAUGGAGAGCGACCCCCAAGCCUAUGCGGAUGAAGGGUCCAGUAUAUCCCCUAUCUCGGGCGGCGGUACCGAGCCACCUCAAACGAAAGGCAAUCCAACCGUACGUUUCGUCUGA